AUGGCGAAGGAUAUUGAUGAGAAUCCUGGACAAGAGAAACGCCGCUUGGAAUUCUUAGUCAUGCACAGUACAUGCCUCCACGAUCUCCGGAAUGUGCAGAAGGGUUCACAACUCUCCAACAUUAAAUCACAGACUGGGACUCUAGGCGCAAUGCCGGAACACGCAUCGGCAUAUUUCAGUUUCAGUUACAUUCUCCUUUGUUUCCGACAUUCACUGAAAGCAAUCAUUUCACUUUUAGCAAUGCUCGUCCAACCCACAUGGCGUUCAUGUCCUUUACAGAAUGUGUCAAAUCUAUAUGCUUUGAGCAAUUCUGCUGCAUCCAACGCUUCUCACACUCCGCCGACCCCGAAGGCAACAAUCCAACCUCCGAAAGUAUUACCAGCCGAUGCGAGUCCCCAACAUUACCGGGAAUGGAAGCAUGAAUGGUCCGAUUAUGCUGUCAUGGUGGAUCUCCUCAACCCAACAUGCUCAGUAGAUGAUGUACUGACAAAGCUCGAGGAGCAUAUAAAAAAUGCCAGUAAUGAGGCGCUGCGACGGAAGGCCUUCUCCGAGUGCAAGCAAGCAGACGGCGAGUGCUUCGAUGACUUUUGGAUACGGCUGAAAAUCUUGUCACAGGAGAUAGAUCUUUGCAAGGCUCAGGACCAUACAUGCUGUGAGCAGUGGAUGAAACACGGCAUACUAAUGGGCAUACGUGAUGAGAAACUUACCCAGAAGCUCAUUCAGAUGGACUGUUCAGCGACAUUGCAAGAUGUUUUGGAGAAAUGCAAGUCUCAUGAAUCAUCAAAGAUUGCAUCAUCUGCUUUGAGGGACACAGUUUUAUCACGCGCUGUUUCUCAAUAUAAAAGAGAGAAAAAGGCUGCCCUGAAGCAGAAGUCUAAGAUGAGACCAAGCUCACCUUUGCCUAGUAAAGUCUGCAACUGCUGUGGUCGUCAACAUGAAAAAGGUCUAUGCAGAGCCACUACUUCCACAUGUCGUGCUUGUGGCAAGAAAGGCCAUUGGCAUUCUACUGCAAAGUGUCCUGCCAGGAAUGCCAGAUGUAAGGUCUGCAAUCGGCAGGGACACUAUGAUAACUGCUGUCCAAAGAAACGGAAGACUAAGAAGGCAAAAGAAGAGGACACAUACCAGAACUUGAAAGUAGUAAGUUCUGUAUCCCCUUCAGUGUCACAUGCCAGGAAUGUCACCUCUACUGCACGACCUAAACCUCAGCCUUCCCCUAAAGUCUGUGUAUCUGUUCGGCAUAAUGAUUCAUCGGGUAGUCUUGCCAUCAUCCCUGACACAGGUGCAGACACAACUGUCAUUGGACUCAAGAAUCUUAGUAGUCUUGGACUUUCAAAAGAAGACUUGGCACCACCAGCAGAGACAGUGUACUACAAUGCAGAUGGGUCACAGAUGCCACCAGUGGCUGGAUCAUUUUGUGGAACUAUCACCUAUGGCGACCGUUCGACUACAUGUUGGAUUGAUGUACAGCCUUCGCUUACGACCCCGCUGCUCUCUUGGAAGGAGUGCAAGGAUUUGGGGAUUGUUCCGGACUAUUUCCCCAGGCAAAUGUCGGAUGUGCACAUGGCCAAUCGAGUCCAUGGUCCGGAUAGUACGCCAGUAUUGAACCCCUCUCAGUUGCUGCCUUUACCGCUGGACCAGUUGAAGUCACCUGAAGAAGCAAAGGAGUAUUUUCUGCAUCAGUAUGCAGACGUCUUGCCAGUAGAGGAUGAACCAUCAGAUUGGUGUCAUCCAAUGGUUGUUGUCCCAAAAGUGAAUGGUGGUGUUCAUAUUACCACUGACCUGUCAAAACUCAACAGGUAUUGUCGUGGCCCCAUGGGUUUUGCUGCAACAGGAGACGCCUUUUGUCUCCGAGGUGACAGGGCACUUCAGGGAGUAACGAACUGCAUCAAAGUUGUGGAUGACAUUCUCCUACAUGAUGAGGACUACAUCUCACACCUUCAACGUGUAAAUGAAGUCCUGUCAAGGUGUCGUCAGCACGGGAUAACACUUAAUGCAGAGAAGUUCAUUGUGGCUGCAUCUGAGGCCAGCUUCUGUGGGUACAAACUAUCAAGAUAUGGUAUUGAAGCAGACCCAGAGAAGGUGAGGGCCAUCACAGAGUUUCCUACCCCUGCGAACUUAACAGAUCUUCGGUCAUUUAUGGGCUUGGUAAAUCAACUGGCUGAGUUUACACCCAAGAUUUCGACCACUGCAGCGCCGCUCCGCCCACUGAUGAGUCCAAGAAGAGCUUUUACUUGGACAGCGGACCACACCAAAGCUUUUAUUGACACUAAACAAGCUUUGUCAAAGCCACCCAUACUUGCGACGUUUGAUCCAGCUCUUCCUACCAUUCUGCAGACCGACGCCUCUAGACUGUAUGGCCUCGGCUAUGUGUUGCUGCAGGACCACGGUGCUGGAAGAUACAAGAUGGUGCAAUGUGGAUCUCGUUUCUUGACAGACACAGAAACACGGUAUGCGACCAUCAAAUUGGAAAUGCAAGCUGUCGUUUGGGCUAUCAGCAAGUGCAAGUUCUAUCUUCGUGGACUUCAGCACUUCAGUUUGAUGACAGAUCACCGUCCAUUGGCUCCUAUUUUGAACCAUUAUUCUCUGGAUGCUAUUGAAAAUCCUCGCCUCCAGCGCAUGAAGGAUAAAAUCGCACCCUACAUUUUUACUGCAAUGUGGCGUGCAGGUAAGGAGUUGUGCAUUCCUGAUGCCCUCUCCCGGUCACCUUCUGUUCAAGCAUCAGAUGCUAUAGACGAGCAAGAGGAUCUCUUCAUGGAAGAAUUGCGUAUGGCUGCAUCUAAGGAUGCCUCAUAUGAAGAAUUGCUUCAUCAUGUAAAGUCAGGAUUCCCCAAUGACCGCUACAACCUGCCAAGUACCCUGCGUCCGUACUGGAAAAUUCGCAAUGAGUUGUACAACGAUGGUGACUUGGUGCUGUAUGAACCUAGAGUGGUUGUCCCUGCUUCUUUACGCCGUAGCACCCUGGCUCGCCUGCAUGAUUGCCACUCCGGUCGCCUACAGCCUAGCCAGCAACAGGAACCGCUGCUGUUAGAAGACAAACCCACAAGACCAUUCAUGUCUGUAUUAGCUGACUUUUUUAAUGUUGCUGGAAAACACUUUUUGGUGUAUGUUGACAGACUUUCUGGAUGGCCUGUUGUCAUCCUGUGUGGAAAUAAUGCAACAAGUGCUUCAACGAUUAGAUUCUUUCGGCACAUGCUCCGUGAUCUUGGUGUCCCCGUUCGCCUGCGUACCAACGGUGGACCCCAGUUCUCCAGCCGAGAAUUUGCUACAUUUCUUCAGCGAUGGGGAUCAUAUAGCCUUUUCGUGCUUAAGGGAUCCGAUUAUGUCUCAAAAGAUGACCUUAAUAACUUGGAAAACCCUCAAAGAACAUCAAAGGACGAGAAACGAGGUCACGAGGUUCGGCUCGAGAGACUCUCAGUUUUGAUUGCAAAUGACAAGCCGCCUUUCCUGAGGGCGAAGUUAGGAUCCCUGGUGACUCAGGAUUCCAAUGUGAAUGUUUCUUCGUCGUCCUCAAACCAUUUAUUCCACUGCGGGAAAAUGGGCCUCUCUAAAUCCAUUUUUGAGAGGAUAUUUGGCGUCCCCCCCUAUCCCAAAUUGGAUGCCUUUCGACUGCAGCGGCGGGGAAUCGAACUCGGGACCACCGCAGCCACCAGAAUAUGA